AUGUUAUCCCGAUUCGUAGCCGGGUUAUUGGACGAAAACUGGACUCUUGGAAUUGAGUUGCCAAACGAAAACAUUGCUGGACUUUUGGAAUUGAAGGUUGCCGGACGAAAAACAUUGCCGGACUUUAGAAUUAAGCCAGACGAAAAAUAUGAUCAGAUUUUUGGAAUUGAGACUAAUUUGAAUCUCAAUGAAAAAUAG